UGCCUUCUGUGGGUUAGUCAUGAUCCCGCAGCCGCGGGUCUGGGCCUUCGGAGAGGCCGACAGCGAGCACGCGUUCCUUCCGAUCCUUCGAGCUGGGGACUGACGGUCGUCGGUGCUUUAGCGGGGAGACCCAAGGCUGGGGCGUGGGAACAGGACAGCCCCGCGGCUGCCGAGGUGGAGCUCAGGCCCCCUCCCGCACUGGGGCUUGUGUGUGUCCGCUGGAGGCCGCGGUCCAGGCCGCACACGCCGUGUGGGCGUCGGCCUCCCUGCCCCUUCACCCGCCUGCCGUUGGGGCUGUGCAGAAGCGUGUGGCCUGUGGGAAGACACGUUUCCGGGCGUGACUUUCUGGGCCUUUGUCCCCUGCUCCGCUGACCUUGAGGUGUCAUUUCGAGCAGAUGGUGUCAUAGGUGGUGGUGCCUUUGAGGGACCCCCUUGAACGGAGCCCCCUUCCCACUGGUUGAGACCCUGCACCCACGCAGCACGGCCCCCCGCGUGUGCUGGUGUGCGGGCCACCUCGGCGGCGUGCCUUGACCGCCUCCAGUCUGGAUUGCAGGGCUCCUGCCCCACACAGCGUGUCGGAGAGAGACUGGGGGUCCAAAUGCCAGCACAGGGUCCGGCCAGCUCGGUGGCCCUCCCCCGGGUGGCGGUGCCCCCUGGCACCUUCGAAACGUCCUCAGCGACUCAGUGGAGAGCUCAGACGAUGAAUUCUUUGAUGCCAGAGAGGAGGUGGCCGAAGGGAAGAAUGCCAUCCUCAUCGGAAUGAGCCAGUGGAAUUCCAACGACCUGGCGGAGCAGAUGGAGACCAUGGGGAAGCUGGAAGGACAUGAGGGAGACGGGAGCGCCCCGUGCACUUCCAGCGCCCUCCAGGAGAAACAGCGAGAACUGUAUCGGGUUUCCUUGAGAAGACAGAGGUUCCCAGCCCAGGGAAGCAUCGAGAUCCACGAGGACAAUGAGGAAGGCUGCCCGCAGCGCUCCUGCAAGACGCACGUGCUCCUGCUGGUGCUGCAUGGGGGGAGCAUCCUGGACACGGGCGUGGGGGACCCGUCCUGCAAGGCGGCCGACAUCCACACCUUCGGCUCCGUGCUGGAGAAGGUCACACGGGCCCACUUCCCGGCGGCCCUGGGCCACAUCCUCAUCAAGUUCGUGCCCUGCCCCGCCGUCUGCUCUGAUGCCUUCUCGCUUGUCUCUAACCUGAACCCCUACAGCCACGAUGAGGGCUGCCUCGGCAACAGCCAGGACCACGUCCCUCUGGCCGCCCUGCCGCUGUUGGCCAUCUCCUCCCCGCGCUACCAGGAUGCGGUGGCUACCGUCAUCGAGAGGGCCAACCAGGUCUACGCGGAGUUCCUCAAGUCCCCUGACGGGAUCGGCUUCAGUGGGCAGGUGUGUCUCAUCGGGGACUGUGUGGGGGGCCUCCUGGCCUUUGACGCCAUCUGCUACAGCGCGGGGCCCUCGGGUGACAGCCCAGGCAGCAGCAGCCGGAAGGGGAGCAUCAGCAGCACGCAGGACACCCCCGUUGUGGUGGACGAGGCGUGCAGUCUGGCCGGCAGCAAGCGUCUGAGCAAAAGCAGCAUCGAUGUCUCCAGCGUGCCGGAGGAUGACGAGCCCCAGAGGCCGUUGCCGCGGAAACAGAGCGACUCCUCCACCUACGACUGUGAGGCCAUCAGCCAGCACCACGCCUUCCUGUCGAGCAUCCACUCCAGUGUGCUGAAGGACGAGGCCGAGCCCCCAGCGGCCGGGGGGUCCCAGCCGCCCGAGGCCAGCCUGGGUCGCUUGGACUUCGACGUGUCCGACUUCUUCCUCCUCGGCUCGCCCCUGGGCCUGGUCCUGGCCAUGCGGAGGACGGUGCUGCCCGGGCUGGACGGCUUCCAGGUGCGCCCCGCCUGCGGCCAGGUGUACAGCUUCUUCCACUGCGCGGACCCCUCGGCUUCACGGCUCGAGCCCCUGCUGGAGCCCACGUUCCACCUGGUGCCGCCCGUCAGCGUGCCCCGCUACCAGAGGUUCCCGCUGGGCGAUGGACAGUCGCUCCUCCUGGCCCAUGCCCUGCACACCCACAGCUCCCUCUUCCUGGAGGGCAGCUCGCAGGACAGCCCACCGCCUCCCGACGCCCCCGCCUCGUCCCCCCAGGCCCAGCGCCCAGGACGGAGGGUGAGCCAGGACAGCUCCCACAGCGAGAGCUCGGGGUCCUCGGACAGCCUGGCACCCGUGGGCGCCUCCCACGUCACGGCCAGGUGGUGGGGCACCAAGCGCAUCGACUACGCCCUGUACUGCCCGGACGUCCUCACGGCCUUCCCCACGGUGGCCCUGCCUCACCUCUUCCACGCCAGCUACUGGGAGUCCACGGACGUGGUGGCCUUCAUCUUGAGACAGGUGAUGCGUUACGAAAGCGUGACGGUCAAGGAGAGCGCCGGCCUGGAUCCUGCGGCGCUGAGCCCCGCCAACCCCCGUGAGAAGUGGCUCCGUAAGAGGACCCAGGUCAAGCUGCGGAACGUGACUGCGAACCACCGGGCCAACGACGUGAUCGCGGCUGAAGAUGGCCCCCAGGUCCUGGUGGGGCGCUUCAUGUACGGGCCCCUCGACAUGGUGGCCCUGACUGGGGAGAAGGUGGACAUCCUGGUGAUGGCAGAGCCGUCGUCGGGCCGCUGGGUGCACCUGGACACGGAGAUCACCAACAGCAGUGGCCGGAUCACGUACAGCGUGCCGCGGCCCCGGCGCCUGGGGGUCGGCGUCUACCCCGUAAAGAUGGUUGUCAGGGGCGACCAGACCUUCGCGCUGAGUUACCUCACGGUGCUGCCCCGGGGCAUGGAGUGCGUGGUCUUCAGCAUUGAUGGGUCUUUCGCCGCCAGCGUGUCCAUCAUGGGAAGUGACCCCAAGGUCCGGCCAGGGGCAGUGGACGUUGUCCGGCACUGGCAGGACCUGGGCUACCUGAUCCUGUACAUCACGGGCCGGCCGGACAUGCAGAAGCAGCGGGUGGUGUCCUGGCUGUCGCAGCACAAUUUCCCGCAGGGCAUGGUGUUCUUCUCGGACGGGCUGGUGCACGACCCGCUGCGGCAGAAGGCCAUCUUCCUCCGCAACCUCGUGCGGGAGUGUUUCAUCAGAAUCAGUGCGGCCUACGGCUCCACGAAGGACAUCUCUGUGUACAGCGUGCUGGGGCUGCCGCCCUCGCAGAUCUUCAUUGUGGGCCGGCCCGCCAAGAAGUACCAAACCCACUGCCAGUUCCUGAGCGAGGGCUACGCGGCGCACCUGGCAGCGCUGGAGGCCGGCCACCGCGCGCGCCCCAAGAAGAACAGCUCGCGCAUGAUCCUGCGUAAGGGCAGCUUCGGCCUGCACGCGCAGCCCGAGUUCCUGAGAAAGCGGAGCCACCUGCGCCGGACCAUGUCGGUGCAGCAGCCCGACCCGCCCGCCAACCCCAAGCCCGAGCGGGCGCAGAGCCAGCCCGAGUCCGACAAGGACCACGAGCGGCCCCUGGCCGCGCUCAGCUGGGCGCGCGGGCCCCCCAAGUUCGAGUCGGUGCCCUGAGGGCUGGGCUGAGCGCAGAGCAGGGGGGCCCUACCGGCUGCCUGCGGGCCGGGAGGGGCUGCGUCGCCCCGAGACAGGCCUUUUCCUGCUUUUUCCCUCCCGUGUCUGUCCAGCAGUGUCCGACCAGAGCGGGGAGGGACCCCCGGGCCGCGAGGGGGAGACCCAGGUUCUCUGUGCAGCUGCGGCUGCCUCCCUGUGCGGUGCCCGUGACCGCAAGCCCGGGUGCGGGCUGGUGUGUGUGUGAUCUUGGGGAGCGGCCCUGCCCGGAGUCGAACAUCCGGCUGGGUUCCCGAGGCUUCGGAGGGGCCGGGCAGGCCCGCAGGGGAGAAGCCCCCAGGCCAGGGACCAGCGGCCGCUUGCAGGCACAGCUUCCUGGCUGCCUGCUGGAGGGGUGAGUGGCAUUUGCACAGCCCUCCCUGCGGCAUCCCGGGUCACCAUCUUGGGCCUCCUGGAUUUCCUGCGGCCAAGUGGCCAUUUCCUGGCCACUUCCUGGGAGUGAGAGGAUAUCCCCUGGGUCCUCCUGUGUUCGCAGUGUCUGUCUACGGCCCUGGGGGGGGCGGGGUCUGGUGCUGACGGUCUGUCCUCCUGCGGCUGUCCAUUGUCCCCGUCUUGUCCUUGGUGUUGUCACCAUUCUCCCGUGGAUCGUGAGGACAGUCAUUCCUCUUCCCGGGGUCCUGCCUGGCGCCCUCCCCUGUGAGGCUGAGGCCUUGGGCUCUGGCCCCGCUGGGCUGGCUGUGACACUGGAGCCCAUUGCUGGCCCUCUCUGGGCCUUGCCUUCCUUAUGGGAUCGGACGGGUCUCCCUGCUGAGAUUGGUGCGGGUUUCUGACUCCUGGGCUGUCUUGCACUAGGACCCCCCAGAGAGCCCAGGUGUGCACCUUGCACCGGGCACCCCACCAGUUCACAGGAAGCCCCUGUGGGGAGGGAGAGGGAUGGGAAGGUGGGAAGGUGGGAAGGAGUCCCCGUUCCACGGGGAGGUUUGCUUUGCACUGAUGCCCAAACCACUGUCCCAGGAGCAGGGACAUCACCCCAAUGGGCACUGAUCUGGCUCACCCUCCCCAGCUCUGCUCAGACUGAUUCUCCCUCUUGGCUCCUGGAGUGCGCAGAGCUGCGAUCUGGCAUUCUGGGGGCUCAUGUGAUUUUGGCUCAAACUGUUGUAUUCUCUUCCCUUCCGCCUGCCAUUGCGCAUGGUUUGGUGCCCUUACCCUUCUCCCGGCUCGUCCCCUGAGGUUGGCGGGGCUUGGCUCCCGGGGUGGGGGGAGCUCAGAGCCUGCCCCAGCCCUCCUGCUGCGAGCCCCUGGUGGGGGGCCCGGGUCUCCUGCACCCCGCUGCUGUCCGGCCGGGCCCACUCCCGUCCCCAUGGGCUGCUGUGGCCUCCUUCUGGGUCCCCUCUGGCCGUCCCCGAGGCUGGCUCCGCUCCUCCAGGCAGGGCUGUGUCCUGGCCGGGCUGCCCCGGAGCCCGGACGUCUGUAUCCACAGCAGGCACCUGCGUGGGCCCCGUGUUGCUUCCUCUCAGCGUCUACCUCUUGCCGCUCCCGCGUGGCCAGCGUUCUCCCCGACAGCGGCUGCUGGCGGGAGCGGCUGACAGCGCCCUGCGGAUGGCCUGGCACAGUGGGCGCCCUGCCGGGGCCGGAGGGGUCCGGGCUCCCAGCCCCGACCCUGCACUCUCCAGGACGCGAGUCUUCUCCCGCAUGGCUGGCUCGUGCGCCCCACCUCCAGGGCUGUCUGCACUUGAGCCAGAGCCUCGGGCAGGCCCGCUGGGCAGCUCCGUCUCUGGCCCUGCCUCCCGCGGGCUCGCAAGGGCCACCCCUCCUUCCACAUUCCGUCCGUGGGGCGCUCCGUGAGGCACCAGCGCGUGGGGCAUAGCCGCUUCCACCCUUUGCAGAGUAUGCCCUGGCCGGAGCACGGGCAGAUGGUCUGAUUCUCUGACGCUGCACCGUGUCCCUUCUGCAGAAGCUGCUGAUGUAGGUGGUAAAGUCCUUAGUGGGAGUUCCUCCUUCCCGAGUUAGGCUCCCUCUGCCCCGCGAACCCCAGGCUGGAAGCCAGAGAGACAGAGACAGAGACAGCGCCAGGACCCUGCCGGGGAACCUGCGACCGUGAGCAGGGUUCCGUGGCCUGGGGUCUGCAGCUGGGAUGGGGGACCCAGCAGGAGGCCACUGCCCUUCCUGUCUGGCACUGGGAGGACUCAGGCCCUCGCUGCUGAAGGUGCACAGCGGGGCGCGGUGAGCGGGUCCUUGGGGAGCCCCAGCUGGGGCGCGUGCACAGCAGGGCCUGCAGUGGGAGGCUCCUUGGCCUUCCCCGCGGCUCUGCAAGCACCACACGCUCCCUGUGCCAGUGGCGUGUUCCGUCGUGUCCGUCCACUCCAGUCAGAGAAGAAGCACCGAGAGGUGCUGUUCCCGGGGGGGGGGGGACUGCCUCUCCCCCGGGCAGUGCCGUGACCCCAGUCUGGCUGUUUUCUAGAGAAUCCUUCCAGUUCCCGGUGUGCCUGCUCCCUGGGGGCUGGGAACCCCUCGUCCUGCCUGACCAAAGCUCCUUGUCUCUCGUGUGGCAUGUUUGUUCCUCCCGAUCCAGGGCUGUCCUUGCCCGAGCGCUGCCUGCCGCCUUCCUCCGCACUCGCCCUGCUGCGGGCUGGGGUGCACCCCUGGCCGGCGCCCGCUCUCCUGGCAUCAUGGGUUUCCUUGGGAAGAUCUCGCGCCUCCUCCCUUAGGCUCCACAAAACACGUGUUUUAAAAAGUAGCGUCUUUUCUUGCGUGUGGCUGACGGGCCCUCCUGUCCGGGUGCCGGGCGCGGCCCGGACAUUGCUGGGGCAUGGGCCGUCUGAAGGACGGGAGGCUGGAUCUCAGGGUCUUGAGACGGUCCUUUCACCGCCUUGGAGCCCAGAGUCUGUGCCCCCGAGUGUCCUGCAGGCAAAACGAGGUUCCAAUUUUUAAAAGAAAGCCGGCACGAAGCCGGUGGUAGUGGGUCCGAGGGUGGCGCUGGUUCUGCUCGAGUGCCCGCACCCAGCCUCCGAGCCACCCUGCCCGUGGGGAGGAGCCUCGUGUCUUGACCCCGCCUUAAAUAACCAAUUUCCCGCCGAAUCCCGGGGUUUGGGUGCCAGGUGCUCUGGAAACCUAUUCUCUGGCUCAGCCGAAAGAAACCGCCCCUUCUCCUUCCCCUCCGUCUGGGUCAGGGGAACUUUCUUAAAGGUCACAGCUAGGGGAACGUCCCCCAGGAGCAGCGAGGCCAGGCCCAGCGCCGGGAAACCACCAGGGUGGCCGGGAGGGACCGGAGUCCGAGCCCACCCUCGCUGGGACGAGGAGCGGCAGGUGACACCAAGGAGGGGCAGGACCGGAGGCAACCCACGCACGGGGACCUCCACCCCGGGACCCCACCGUCCUUUCCUGUUCGUUGACUCCAUGGUGGCCGCCUGUCUGACUUGUCCGUGGUCUGGCUGUUCUAAAUGUGUGACUGAGUCUUACCUGUGGUGGAUGGUUCUGUGGUGAAGAAAGGUUUACCCCACUCCUCGUGGCUGCCUUGUACACGAUCCGUUAGAGAAGAAAAUGUGAAAUACCACAUUUCUAACACGACACGCACAGCAUUGCGGAGUUAAAAGAUUUUUACAACUGGUCUUGAUUUUGACGUGAGCUGGUUUUUAACUCUCGAAUGUUGUCACUUAAAUAAAAACCUUCUUUGCCUUUGAA